AUGUCAACUACCUCUGAACGAUAUAUCCAAAUUACAGAUACAGAUUUUACUCCACAUAAUGGCAAACCAGUAGAGAUGAUAGAGAGUUCACCUAAUAUGAAAUAUAUUGCUACAUGGAGUGAAGAAGAUCUAUCAGUCGUUGGCUGGUGUAUUGAUGAUAAUGAACAUCAGUUGAAGCAUGAAUAUAUGAUUUCACAAAAAGAUAUCGAUAUUUUUAAACAUUCAAUUAAGGAUGUCCAUCUAAUUACGAUUAAAUCAUUUACUGUUUCUGAUAAUAAACUAGUUUCUAUGCCAAUUUGUUUACCGGUAAUCGAUAACAAAGGCAAGACUUUUUAUGAAAAAGAUAUUGGAAUUUUCGAUUUUAAGACCAAACAGCCACUUCGGCUAAGUCUUUCAUAUUCUUCUUAUGUGCUUAAAUAUCUGACUUUUUUAGAAGAUGGUAAUUUGAUUAUGAUCGUUGAUAGUCGUGAUAUGUAUAGUUUUAAUGGUUAUAGGAUAUAUGUCUUUACUCAGAAAAAAAAUACAAAAAAUAUGCCCGAAUUGAUUCACAAAUCAACGAUAAAAUUGGACGUGGAACCAUCUCAAAUUUUCAUAUCACCUAAAGGAAAAAUAUUUAUAUAUGAUAAUGAUAUAGGAAAUAUUACAAAAUGGGAUAUUAAAACUUUAAAUUUUGAGGCGCACUUUUUAAUUAUACCUUAUUACGAUAUUAUUGAUAUAAAACUAA